AUGUUGGAAAUUGUUCCUAAUGAAAGUAGUUUUACUGAAUUUCUCAUCCUGGGAUUUUCUCAUUCUGAGAAGGAGAAGGUUCCACUUUUCCUCUUGUUCCUACUGAUUUAUAUUAUCACUGUCAUAAGCAACACUCUCAUCAUUAUUCUAAUUAGCCUGGACAGUAACUUGCACAAGCCAAUGUACUUCUUCCUCUGUAACAUGUCCUUUCUGGAUAUAUUCUUUACUUCUGUUACCGCUCCAACCCUGCUCCACAUGCAGCUCUCAGAAGACAAGAGAAUUUCUUUUAGGGCUUGCAUGGCCCAACUCUACUUAUUUAAUUCUUUUGGUCUCAUGGAGUACAUAAUAUUGACAGCGAUGGCAUAUGACCGUUACCAAGCUAUCUGCAACCCAUUAGGUUAUCAUCAGAAUAUGAAUAAAAACAUUUGUUGCAUUUUAGCUGCAGUGCAGUGGAGUGGAGGUUUUAUAGCUUCCCCCCAUAAAUAUCUUAAUUCUGCUCUUUCUUAUUGUUCUUCCAACCGAAUCAACCACUUCUUCUGUGAUCUCACUCCAUUGUUGAAGUUGGCUUGUGAUGAUACAUCAGUCAUCGAGUUCUUGAUUUUUGCAGGGGGGGUUUUAAUUGUUCUAAACUGUUUUAUACUUACAGUAACUUCCUAUGUGUUCAUUACAUUUGCCAUCAUUAGGAUUAGUUCCAAUAAGGGCAGGUUCAAGGCUUUUUCUACCUGUGCCUCUCACCUCAUCGUGGUCAUCCUUUUUUAUGCCAUGAUUACAUGUGUUUAUAUGAAGCCAUCAUCCUCGUAUUCUCUUAAUGAUGGUAAAGUUCUGGCUGUUUUCAACAUGCAUGUAAUUCCUAUGCUAAAUCCAGUUAUAUACACAUUAAGAAACAAAGAUGUAAUAUUGCAUGUCCACAUUUAUUUUGUCCAAACAUCAAUUGUGAUCACACCAAUAGCUUUCAUUACUGCUUAUAACUUCAGUAAUGUCAAUGCUCUUGCACUUCCUGCGAGUUUCCCAAUUUUGGAGCCCUCCAAUUGCACUGCCCAGGUCAUGAAGAAAUCAAUGAGAGCUGUCUUUUGCAAAGAUCUGUCUCUUGCUUGUGAUUUUAGAGAUUUUCAUGAUCCAUACCUUCAGAAAAUGUCUUUGCUUUGGGAUUUAUUUCAGGUCACUCAGUGGGGAUUUUUGUUCUUGCUUUUUAUCUUUUAA